AUGUCCUCUUCUGAGAUGAUUGCAGUUCCCCCCACCCAAAAAUCGGCUCUCUUCUCCUUUAUCAAGGUCAGUACACAAAGUAUACUUUAAGUCCGGGUUUUGUCACACCACCGAUGUUCUGUUCCACGAUACAUUAAUUGCUAAGCUGACUUUAACAUAGUCGUUAGCUUCAUUCAAAGGCGACCUUUCUUCAAUCACCGCUCCCCCCUUUCUUCUAUCACCCCAAUCCGUGGCAGAGUACUCGGCCUUUUGGGCAGAACACCCAAGUUUAUUCGUCGCAGCCUCUCACGAAGACGAUGCCCAGAAGCGCGCGUUACGUGUCCUGAAAUGGUUCUUGAGCACACUAAAGGAGCAGCACAGCAGCAAAGACGAAAAUGGGAAGCGCAAGCGAAAAUUAAAGCCUUUGAAUGCUUUCCUUGGAGAGCAAUUUCUAGGGAAAUGGGUCGACGAGUCGGGGACAACCGAAUUAGUGUCGGAACAAGUUAGCCAUCACCCGCCUGCGACGGCAUUUAAUGUUUGGAAUAAUGAUCAUGGAGUUCGGGUAUGUUUUCUCCAAUUUCAGCCUGACAGGAGAGAUGGUCUAAUGCGUAUUUACAGUUGCAAGGAUUUAUAAUACCCAAGGUUACUUUCAGCGGAACUGUCAAUAUAGAUCGUAAAGGAUACGGGAUUAUGCAUAUCGAUAAAUAUAAUGAGGAUCACUUAGUGACGAUGCCCAAAGUCCAUGUCGAAGGACUUGUGACCGGUGCGCCAUCACCAGAACUCUCAGGGACCUCUUACCUACGGAGCAGCUCGGGAUACACCACAAAAAUAGAAUACAUUUGCAGAGGCUGGAUCAGUGGGACGAGAAACGGCUUCAAGGCGACUAUCUUCCCAGAUAACAAGGAGAACGAACCAAUAUAUAUUGCAGAAGGCAUUUGGAGCGGGACAUAUACGAUAAAGGAGGUUAAGACUGAUACAAUCUUGGAGACUUUUGAUAUUGAUACUAUACCGAAAACACCUUUAAGUGUUGCGCCUCUAGAACAUCAGAACUCGAUGGAAUCGCGUCGUGCGUGGAGACAUGUAGUGGAUGCUAUCAAUGCUGGAGAUAUCUUUGCCGUCGGCCAAGCGAAAUCGAAGAUUGAGAACGAGCAGAGACAAAUGAGGAGGGUAGAGAAGGCCGAAGGGAGGGAAUUCCCUAGAAGAUACUUCACAAAGGUUCCAGGAGAUCCAGUGGCCGACAAGCUAGUUAAUGGCUUGAAGAAUACAUCGAUCCUUGGAGAAGCUGAUGCAAACCAAAUGGUCUGGGUCUGGGAUGAAGAGAAAUACCAACAGGUCCAGGACAAUCUGAGGAAUCGGGUCAAGAGUCCGACACAUGCUCGAUUUGACUCCGCUGUGUCGGGAAUGGAUAUUAGGGGUAUGCCACCUGUAGUCUCUUGAUAAGUGACAUUUUUUUGUACGUUCUAGGCCUGGCGCUUGAAUUUUAUGAGGUGGAUUUUUUUGGUGGAGUCUUUUGGAAGGAAGUGGAGUAUCUCCACAUGACAGGAUCAGUCAUGAGAAGGAGUUUUUUGUGCCCUUCCUAGGUAGCUACAGAUGUACAUAGGCUAAUGAGAAUGAACAUAACAUUAUACAUA